AUGGAGCUGCAACAGAUCGAAGGAAGUCGUGAGGCAGGGACUGUGACAGUACCUGGUCCCUUCGAGCGCGCCCCAGCAGAUCGCAGUGUAAGGAGAGUCGACAGUGGGUACGGUCCUGGCUUUACUGAAGUACCCGUUGCAACCCCAGCCACCCAUACAUCCCCCAGCGAUGCCAAUUCCAACAACGUCCAUGAUCGGCCCGAAGCUGCUACUGACGGCACCUCAGGCUCGCCAGCUACCGAAGCACAUGUCGAGAUCGCAGAAACAGCACCUGAUAAUUCUCAACCAUCGUACUCGGCAUUCAGCAAAUACGAAAAAUUGUUCAUCGUGAUAAUGGUAACGCUUGCAUCGUUCUUCUCCCCUCUUUCCGGUCAAAUCUACUACCCAGUCAUGCCAACAUUAGUACGGAACUACCAUCUUACCCUGGAGCUGAUCAACCUCACAAUCACUACAUACAUGAUCUUCCAAGGCCUGGCCCCGAGCUUCAUGGGCACAUUCGCUGACACUGGGGGCAGACGUCCAGCCUAUAUUAUUGCGUUCGCGGUUUAUACCGCUGCCAACAUUGGGCUGGCGCUGCAGAACAGUUUUGCAGCGUUGCUUGUCCUCCGCUGUCUCCAGAGUGCAGGAAGCAGUGGCACCGUGGCCUUUGGUUAUGGCGUUAUAGCGGAUAUUGCGACAACAGCAGAGCGUGGGAAGUACAUUGGGCCCAUGGCAGCAGGUGUUAUGGUUGCACCGGCACUAGGCCCUGUUAUCGGUGGUCUUUUGGCCAAAUUCCUAGGCUGGCGCAGUGUCUUCUGGUUUCUGGUCAUUAUUAGUGGAGGAUACCUGGUGUUCUAUGUGCUUGCUAUGCCAGAGACCGCACGCAAGAUUGUUGGUAACGGCAGUGCAGCACCAAAUGAGUGGUGGCGCAGGUCGGUCAUCCAAUGGUGGUCCAAGAGGCAGGUACAGUCGGAUGAAGAACGUCACGCAGAAAGAUCUCAACAAGAGACUUCGCAAACUAAGAGACUUAGGUUCCCGAAUCCUCUCAGGUCCUUUGUCAUUCUGCUGGAGUGGGAUGCCCUGAUGAUCAUUUUGUACGUCGGAAUUGUGAUGUUCUCGAAUAUUGCUCUACUAACAAGCAUUCCCAAUCUCUUCGGUCCCUUGUACGGGUUCAACGAGCUCCAGAUUGGUCUCUGCUUUUUGCCCCUUGGAGUAAGCUCUUGCCUUGGCGCAGUCCUAUAUGGGAAAGUCAUUGACUACAACUACAAGCGAACAGCCCAGAAACUCGGAUUCCCCGUGGAUCUGAAGAAAGGAGACGACUUGCGCAGCUUCCCAAUCGAGCGCACUCGCCUGCAAACAGUAUUCCCAGUAAUGGCCAUCGGCAUUGCAGCAUUCAUCCCAUACGGCUGGGUCCUGCAGCAAAGAGUACACUUAGCUGCCCCGCUGGUGCUCCAGUUCAUCAUAGGCUUCUGCUUCGUUGCAUCCCUGAACUGCCUUAGCACCCUUCUUGUCGACCUAUUUCCAGAUAAGCCCGCCACGGCUGCGUCGGCGUGCAAUCUUGUUCGCUGCUGCCUCGGUGCUGUUGGGGCCGCUGUCAUUAGCCAGAUGCUGAGCGGCAUGGGGUGGGGAUGGUCUUUUGUUUUUCUGGGUUUGGUCAUGGCUGUUGGGAUGGGGAUGCUCUGGGUUGAAUAUGUGUAUGGCAUGGGCUGGAGAGAGAAGAGGUUGCUCAAGAUCGAGCGGAAAAAAGCGGAGAAGGAGGCGAGAGCCGCUGAGAUUCAGGUCGAAGGAAAGGCCGAUGGAAGAGAACAGAGGGAUACUGAUGUUCGAGAAUUGGUUGCUGGUGCUAAUGUUGAUGUUACUGGAACUGAUACUCGCUCAAACCGGUGA